AUGGCUGCAUCUACCAUGUCUAUCUGCUCCAGUGACUUAGCCAAUGGGAGCCACAUCUGCCUAUUUGGUGCCUGUGAAUCUUGCACCAGCUCCCCCUGGCAGGUGGAUGACUGUCCAGAGAGAUGCUGUGAGCCCCUGAUGCUAGCUCCUCACUCACUCACUCACUCACUCACACCCUCCUCCUCCUCUACAACUUCACCUCUUCCCACCCCACCCCACACCAUUGCUGCUUCCAACAUGUCUGUCUGUUCUAGUGACCUAAGCUAUGGCAGCCGUGUCUGCCUGCCUGGGUCCUGUGAGUCUUGCACCGACUCCUCCUGGGAGAUGGAAAACUGCCCAGAGAGCUUCUGUGAGCCACCCUGCUGUGCCCCCACCUGCUGCCAGUCCACUUGUUGUGCCCCCACCUGCUGUGCCCCGGGUGCCUGCCAGACCCUCAUCUGCACCCCCCUGAGCUAUGUGUCUAACCCCUGCUGCCAGGCAACCUGUGAGUCCAGCUCCUGCCAAUCAGUCUGCACCUGUGAACCUUCCUGCUGCCAGCAGUCUAGCUGCCAGCCUGCAUGCUGCACACUCUCCCCCUGCCAGCAGGCCUGCUGUGUGCCUGUCUGCUGCAAGCUCAUCUGCUGUACGCCUGUCUGCUGCAAGCCUGUGUGCUGCAAGCCCUUCUGCUGCAAACCUGUCUGCUGUAAGCCCGUCUGUUGUGAGCCUGUCUGCUGCAAGCCUGUCUGCUGUGUGCCUGUCUGCUGUGGGGCCAGCCCCUGCCCUGCCCCCUCAUGCUGCCAGCCCUCUACCUGUACAGCCUCCUGCUGUAAACCCUCCUCCUGUGUGUCCCUCAUCUGCCAACCAGUGUGCAAGCCUGCCUGCUGUGUGCCCUCCUCCUCCUGCUGUGCCCCUGCCUCCUCCAGCAUGUCCCUGCUCUGCCGCCCCUUGUGCAGGCCUGCCUGCUGUUGCUCUUCCUCGGGCCAGAAUCCCUGCUGCUGA